AGAUUUGACGAGAGGGGUGCUAUUGAUAGGUUGAUAGGUUGGAUGAGGGGGUGGGAUAGGCAGGAGGGGUGAUGGUGAUGGGAUGAUGGCUCGAGACCAGAAAAGAGUCACAUCUGUCAUCGAAACCACCCGUAUGGAGAGGGGAUCAAAAUCGAAGCAAAAAAGCAAAAAGAGAAGAACGAAAAGGGAACGAAAAGGGGGGACUUUGAAGACUUUGAACAGACACCAGGCGAAUAAACGCUCUGAAACAAAAGAAUGAAAAAAAAUGUACGAUACCAAAAAAACGAAAAAGAAAAACGAAAAUCAGAGGGACGAACGAAAACGAAAAAAAAAAAACAAUGUAACAGAAAUCGAGAGGAGAAAACAACUAGAAAGAUCACUCGAUACCUCCACCUGAAUAAACGUGGAAAAUCAGCCUCUACACCCACACUCUCGAUCAAAACCAUCAACCACAUACCCAAGCAUCACAUCCCAUCAUGACAUCAUCAUCGUCACCCCUCACUCUCCCUCGCAACGC